UAGUUUUUCACAUCUCUAAAAUUAAUUGGAAAAAUGGAAAGUUUUCUUAAGCAAUGGAAUAUAUUCAUGUUCGUUUUCCUUUUCUUUUCUCUUCCUUUGGCCUUAGCCCAACUCGAACUUGGUUUCUAUACUUCAUCUUGUCCGGAUGCUGAAUUCAUUGUUCAACAGGUUGUUCGGCAACACGUCGAGGUUGAUAAAUCUGUACCUGCGGCCUUGCUUCGCAUGCAUUUUCAUGAUUGCUUUAUUAGGGGUUGCGAUGCAUCUAUAUUAAUAGACUCAACAGACAAUAACCAAUCAGAGAAAGAGGCAGGUGCAAAUGCAUCCGUAAGAGAGUAUGAACUCAUAGACGAAAUCAAGAACUUUCUAGAACAAGCAUGUCGUGGAAUAGUUUCAUGUGCAGAUAUCAUAACACUAGCUACCCGAGAUGCAAUCGCAUUAGCUGGAGGGCCUGUGUACAAUGUGCCUACAGGUAGACUCGAUGGACUCAUUUCUCGGGCUAGUGAAGUAAACCUUCCUGGCCCGGCCUCCACUGUUGCUCAGAUUCGACAAACAUUUCGUGCUCGUGGGAUGACCGUCAGAGACAUGGUGCUCUUAGUUGGAGGCGGUCAUUCCAUCGGAGUAGCCCAUUGCAACUUCUUUCAAGACAGGUUAUUCAACUUUCAAGGAACCGGAGCUCCAGACAGUACCAUGGACACCACUUUGCUUAAUGAGCUUCAGGGACUUUGUGGUUUCAGUAGUCAAGUUCCGAAUCCUACCACUUUCCUUGAUCAAAACACGUCUUUCGUGUUGGAUAAUGAGAUUUACAAGCAAAUGAAGAUGAAUAGAGGAAUAUUGCAAAUCGACCAAGAGUUGGCACUUGAUCCUUUGAGUUCUAAAAUUGUCUCUGACUUUGCAGCUGAUAAUGGCUUUUUUCGUCGUCGUUUCGUAGAUGCUAUCAUUAAAAUGGGAAACCUUCCUGGAAGUGGAGGAGAGGUUAGGGGGAAUUGUAGGAGGAUCAAUUCUGCAACAGCACAACAGAGUUUAUUGUCUUCUAUUUAAGAAAACUGCCCUCUUGUUUUCUUUAUUUCUACUUUUCAGUUCUGAAAGUUAUUAGGUGUAAUCGAGUGCACAUAAUAACUAAAGGUACUUUAAUUUUAUGUUCAUUGGUGACUCCUUUUAUUUCCCUCACAUAAUAGGCACAUGUAAGGAGAAAGUACGAGAGGGUAUGCACCAUAGAUGUAUUGUUUCAAAUCUACUGUGUAUCUACGAUGAAUAUAUGCUUAAUUUCAAUAAAACCUUGUAUGUUUUGUAUUUUUGACUAUCCCACUAUGUAUGAAGGAAAAUAUUGGGCACUGAUGAUUCCG